GGCAAACCCGUAAGAUCUACUGACUCUAAUGACAGACGUCGAUCAUCGGUCACAAUUAUUUAUUUGGCGGUUACAAGAAGCAAAUUUCAGGAAAUUUUCAGUUUUUUAACUACAUGUACCAUGAGUAACUUUAAGGAAAAGUGCUUCCAGUACUUUGGAACGUCGAAUUUCUAUGAAGUACUCGGAAUAGACGAAAAUGCCACUGGAAAGGAGAUAAAGAAGGCCUACCAUAAGAUGUCCCUCCUGGUACAUCCCGACCGAGUGGAUGAGAAUCAGAAGGAAAUUUGCACAGAAAAGUUCAAGGUGCUUGGCAGAAUCCAUUCGAUUCUUCAGGAUAAGGAGAAGAGGAAGGUUUACAAUGACUGUGGGGACUUCGAUGACGAAUCAUACUCCACGUUCAAUUGGUCGGAAUACUGGACCUCCAUGUUCAAGAAAAUCGAGCUGGCCGAUAUACAGAAAUAUGAGAAGGAGUAUAUUGGAUCAGAAGCUGAAAGAAAGGACAUCAAGCGGGCAUACGAGUCUGGGAAAGGCGAUAUGAAUAUUAUACUGGAAUUGGUGGCCUUCAGCAACUGCGACUCCGAGCCCAGAAUCAUAAACAUUGUGAGGGAAAUGGUAGGUAAUGGGGAAGUAGAGGAGUUCGACUGCUUCUUCAAUGAGAGCAAAGCGAAGAAAUGCAGGAGACAUCGCAAGUGGGCAAAGGAAGCUGAAGAAGUGUCAAAGAACUUUGAGGAUUUGCAAAAGGAACUGGAUGCAAACCGCAAGGCAAGAGCGGAAUCAUUCGGUAGUUUCUUCGCAGCCUUAGAGGCGAAGUACACAACCAAAGCCAGAAAGUCCAUUACAGCUGGCUCGAAUCAAAAAUCAAAGAGAUUGAGAAAAAAGUAAUUUCUAUAUAAGUGUAUUGAUGUGAUAAAGCUACAUUAGGGCUAAAGGAAAACCUGUGUUUUCAGCAGCAAAAAUGCAUUAAUGCUAUUUUCUAGAUACGUUAAAUCAAAGCCAAGGCACCACAGGAGUGCUUUCGGAGCGAAAUACUUUUGGUCACAGUCUGAUGUUUUAGAGUUUAGACGGUUUAUUACUUGGUUUUUGUAAUUUCCACUUGCGUUAUUAGAUUUAUUUUUUUUGCUUAAUUCAUUAAAGGGUUUUGAUAAUA